UUAUUCAUCGACAAGUCGCUUCGCAUACACUGGUGUAUUGACCCAAGGAGAGAUGAAUGCGAUGAGGCUGACGCCGAUUCUCCUCGCCGUUCUGAUGAUGACAUGUCUCGUGUUCGCUGCAAACUGUGCGAUUGCAGGCGGCCAUGACGUGGAGACGAAACCGGCUAGCGGUCUCCGGCGGCCGCCGCCGGACGGAGAGAAGACGAUGUUGGGAAGCAGCGACAUAAACAUCAAAUUGUGUUUGAAGGCUCAGUGCGCUGGUUACAAGAGCUGUUACUGCUGCUUCACUUUACCUGGUUUGCCGUGCUGGCCUGAUCAGAACACGUGCUGGCAAGAGUGUCCCAAUCGCCAUCGACUCCGAUCCACCCGAUCCAUGAAGCACGCCGACGCGAUGCCCUCCAUAGGUCCUAGCAAGUUCUCAUGAGAAAGGAUCCGGUCUCGAAUUCUCUGGCUCAGAGUGACAAUAUGUGAUAUAUUGUCAUGCAUGGCAGCGUGAGUGUAGGAUGGUAAUAAAUAAGCAACAUUCCAUGCAAUAGUAUGUCGUAUGGGAACAUCUUGAUUUAUGAGAUUAUUCAGAGCUUGUUCCUCAUAAUCUUGGGCUUGUAUGGCAGGAUAUAACAUACUUACUUUGUUC